AUGGGGUUUGAACAUAAUGACACAAAGGAAAUGAAAUACGUGACAAAUGGAGAUUUAAACAUCCUGUUCUUUAUUCUCCAGGUCUCACACGAUGAAGAGCUGUACGCCAUAGCCAGAUAUCUUUAUGAUGCUAUCGGAGAGCGGAUACGACUCUUUGAGAUCGGCAGUUACGACAAUCAGACUUUCAGCUAUGAUGUUCUCCUGCUCUUCAGAGAGCAUGUCAUGUACCAGAUCGACGACAAAGACCGCACAUGCCAGAAACUUCAUCUGAAGGACGACUUCGUGCCUCUGGCCAUCCCAGGCGAUGCGACUUUUGUGAACCAGGUUGUCCUGGGUGACUCAUCCAGACCUGGAGAAGGACUCCUGAUGAACACCUGGAUGGGGAACAUGCCUGACCAAGGAGGAAGGUUCCUGGCCUCAGUGACUGACUUUGGCUGCAUUCCUAUCAGCAUUGAAUACCAGGACAAACCAAGUGGAUGGCUGCAGACUACAUAUUUCGACAACGUCAUUGGGAUUACAGACCCUGAACUGCUCAUCCCUCCAUCCUUCUGUGAGGACGCAGAGAUGCCGGCUGAUGCAGAGCCGGUUGACUUGUUGAGCUUGCUCAAACAGAAGAACUGAGGGCCUCAAACUUUGCUUUACCAUUAGCUAUACAUUAUUAUUUCUGCUGCAAACAUGCAGUCAAAGCAUGUUUUGCUGACUGUUCCUGACAAAAUGUGAGACAUUUUAUGUUAAACAUUUCUUACUUUUGCUUCCAAAAGAUGGCCCGAGGUUGAAUCUGGGUGUGUCAAUGUUUACAAGAUUAAAGACUGAAAAACUGCAAAAUAUGAACGUUUUAUUCAGUUCUGCUCAUCAUGACUGCAGCUUCUUUACUUCUACAUACGAGGCUUUUUCUCACAUUUGCUUUGGUACAUACACUACUGCUCAAAUGUUUAGGAUCAUUUGGAAGUUUUCUUGUUUUCCAUGGAAACACUCAUGAAAUUAGUCUGUACAUGAAUUUUGCAAAUGAAUUAAACAUGCUGACAUUA